AUGAGAUUUUGUUAGAAAGAGAAGAAAAGAACAAUACAGCUUGAGUUAAAUCUGGGAGUUUGGAAGCCAUUACUGCCUACUUGUUCCUUCCUUGUUCGGUGUUCCCUCCAUUAUGAUCGAAGUUGUAGCGACUUAUUAUGAAUGAUAAUGGUAUAGAUUCGAAUUGGCGUGAGUAGGGUUUCCUACGCUCAAACGCUGGACAAAAUCAAUUUAUUUUACUAUAUUUCGACGGUGACCAGUGUUGUAUGCGGCCUUAACCAUUUGUGAUCCCAUGCUUAUGCCGUUGAAGAUGCGAAACUUUUUUGAUUCAAUGGCGGUGCUGGCGUUGUUUCUGUUUCUGGGUUUGAGUCAUUUCUCCAAUUGCGUGGCAUCUGGUUUGUCUUCUUCAUCUGAAACUGAGACCACCAUGCACACUAACAACUGGGCUGUUUUAGUCUGCACGUCUCGCUUCUGGUUUAAUUAUCGACAUAUGGCAAAUACCUUAUCCUUGUAUAGGACCGUUAAGCGACUCGGAAUACCUGAUGAGAGAAUAAUAUUAAUGUUGGCUGAUGAUAUGGCCUGUAAUGCUAGAAACAAGUAUCCUGCUCAAGUUUUCAACAAUGAGAAUCACAAGCUUAACUUGUAUGGGGACAAUGUUGAGGUGGAUUAUCGAGGUUAUGAAGUUACAGUCGAAAAUUUCUUACGUGUACUGACCGGGCGUCAUGAAACUGCUGUUCCAAGGUCUAAGCGUCUAUUAAGUGAUGAGGGAAGCCACAUUCUUUUGUAUAUGACAGGGCAUGGGGGAGAUGAGUUUUUGAAGUUUCAAGACUCAGAAGAGCUCCAAAGUCAUGACUUAGCUGAUGCCGUGAAACAAAUGAAAGAAAAGCGUAGAUUCAAGGAGCUUAUGAUUAUGGUGGACACUUGCCAAGCUGCCACUCUCUUCUCUCAGCUUCAGUCGCCUGGAGUUUUGACUAUUGGGAGCAGCAUGAAAGGAGAAAACUCAUAUUCUCAUCACUUGGACUCUGAUGUUGGUGUUUCUGUAGUUGAUCGUUUUACAUUUUAUACCCUUGCCUUCUUUGAGAGGCUGAAUAUGUAUGACAAUGCCUCAUUGAGCAGUCUUUUCAAAUCAUAUAACCCAAGCUUGUUGAUGUCAACCGCAUAUUAUCGAACAGAUCUGUACCAACGACAAUUGGAAGAGGUACCUGUUACAAACUUUUUUGGUUCAGUCAUGGGAACAAUACACACCGAUUCAGCUUACAAAGCUCUAUCAAAAAAACCCUCUAGCAGAGCUUAUAUCAAGAUCUCUCCGGAUAAAUCAACCAUCAACAAUGAAAGAAAACUGACAGCAUCAGAUUCAGAUCAGCUUCACGAUACAAAAUCAGGGGAACAACCAUGUCCAUUCACACGUUUCAUGAGUAGCUUCAACGACAAGAUUGAUAAAAUUGAAGAUAUCGAUUCUUAUGUGAACUAUGGCAUGUUCAUAAUGCUUCCAUUGUUGCUUCUUUCCACAUGGUUAUCAUAGUUUAGAGUUUUGAGCAUAUGUAAUCUCUUACCUCUGAUGCUGAGCCAGUAGAACCCAACAUGGGUUUUGCAGUAUUUUCUCUUUGUUUUUUUCACUGCAUCGGUAGAUUUUGGUCUUUUUUUAGAGGAAGGAAAGAUGGUCCAGACAGUCCAUAGUAAAAUCCUUAUAAUGCUUUUCUGAGCGAGUUGAGUUGGUGUCAUUUAUACUAUCAUCGUUUUGAAACGUUGAGCUUCAUAACAUGCAACUUUAAUUAUUUAUAAGUAACAUCCGCAAAAUUGUGCAGAUGAGAUAAUAUUACCAAAUGAAAUUCCACCUUUUUGAAAGGAAAAAAAAAAUAGAGGGGAGAUAUUAGUAGCUCCUAAGGUGUCCAAGAAUUGAUAUUAAAUUAUUAGUAAUUAUACUAAUAAUGAUAUGUCAUAUCUUAGAGUGCAUUUUAACAAUUUUCACAUUAUAAUGAGGCAAAAUCAGAAUGUACAUGUAUGCUUUUUUUUCUUCAGAGUUUAGAGCAAAAUAGAUAGUAGUAUAAGAGGUGUAUAUUCAUAAUUAAUUAGUCGAGCUUAAAAUGGAUAAACUUUACUUUCUUGUUGCCAAUCUCAUUUAAAGGAAUAAGAUACGAAUAGACAUGUAAAUGUGAUAUUUAAUAGGGAAAAGACCUGUAUAUAUGAACUUAUCUCAAAAAGAAAAAAAAAGUUUAUAUGAACUAAAAAUAUUUGUAUUAUUAAUUUAUAUACGAAUUCUGACUAAAGUCUUUUUCGUUCAUUUGGAUUUUGAGUUGAAUAUUGAAAGAAAAGUUAAUUUUUCGUAAUGAAUAAUUAGAUGAUAAAUUUAGCAUUAGUGUCUUGAGAUCGUGUAUAUAUAUAUAUAAAUUUAUAUGUAUGUAUUUUUUAAUGAAUUAAAAAGAAUAAGGUGGGCUUUGAGGUAAGGUUGUUGGUUGGUGUUGAUAAGUAGUAAGUUACACUCACUACCUUACUAAACUCCAUGGCCGAAGGAGAAGAAGGACAAGAAGAAGUAAAAGAGAAAGGAAGAGCUUCAAUUCAAUUCCAGAGGCAAUUCCAUCAAAUACCAUGAUACCCUUUAAAGAGG